CGCACGCGAGCAGGAAGGUGUUUAUGCGCUCGCUCCGGCUGCCUCGGGACAGUUGCUGUCUCGCAUCCUCGCUGGAAAGAUGGCGGUGGCGAUGGUGAAGCGGUGUUGCUCCCCGCUGUUUUUCUUCAGAAGGCUUUCGGCGCCGGAACUCACCGUGUCGUUGCCUUAUCACAAAAAGGUGGUGGAUCAUUAUGAGAACCCCAGGAACGUGGGCUCCCUCGACAAGAAUGCAAAGAACGUUGGCACUGGACUAGUGGGAGCGCCCGCAUGUGGCGAUGUCAUGAAAUUACAAAUUGAAGUGGAUGAGCAGGGGAAGAUUGUUGAUGCCAGAUUUAAAACGUUUGGCUGUGGGUCGGCAAUUGCAUCCAGUUCUUUGGCGACAGAGUGGGUUAAGGGCAAAUCGAUUGACGAAGCCCUUAAAAUCAAGAACACUGAAAUUGCCAAAGAACUUAGCCUUCCUCCUGUCAAACUGCAUUGCUCAAUGCUUGCUGAAGAUGCUAUUAAAGCUGCUUUAGCUGACUAUAGACUGAAACAGCAAGACAACGAUAAAACAGCACACGCCAGUAAUUAGACGGGCGCCAUCUACACCAUUCAAGACAGAGAGUUCUCAUUCCAGCAUUCAAGCGUUGCAAUGUCUACAAAGGCGAAGAAAACAGCAAGUUUUACACAAUCACUCUAGACUGGAACGCACAAUGUAAUAUAGCUUCUUUGGUGAUUGAUGUGAAGUAAAAGCCUUAUCUGUCAGGAAGAUUGCAUAGCUGUUUUUUUAUUAUACUUGUUUUGCAGCCAUUUGUUUUUUUCUGAUUUGUAUCUUAUUGUAUGGAUUAGUUUUCUGUUUAAACAUUUUGAAAACUGAUAGUGGCAUUAUAAUGCGCACACACAAGAAACAGGUGGAGUGAUACCAACAUGAUAAAAAUAUAUGAAGCCCUACCAAGACCUGCAGGACAUACCUGGAAUUAUUUUGCAUCUUCAUUAGUAACACAAAUGUGUCUGUAACGGGAAAGAAGAAAACUGCAUCCAGCAUUCACAUUUUAUACCAUGUUUAUUUGCUGUGUAUAAAUUGGCAGUGCAGUUCUGUGUUGGCUAAAUGGUUGUAAAAUGCAUCUCUUUACAGUAUGUAUAUAAUACAGUGUGCAGUCUGUAUAAUAAAAAAAACAUUCAAAAUGG